GUGCAAAAGAAUUUCCAGCAAGCUGAAAAGGCUGCUGCUCCCGCUGCAACUGAUCUGAUCACCGCCAUUCCUUCCUCAUGUCGACUCAAGCAGCAGUUUUCGCGUUCCUGUUUCCAGGUAACGCGAUGGUCAAUUCGCUGCUAGCUACGGCAUACAUCUCCAUCUUCCCAAAUUUGCUUCUAUACUUCGUUCCCCCGGAUAUCGAUACCUCAUCUCUCAAUACCCUUGUCAGUUUUGCAGUUGGUGGCCUUCUAGGUGAUGUAUUUCUUCAUCUACUCCCCCACGCCUUCCUUGGCGAACACCACGAUGAACAUGUCGAAAUCCACUAUGAUGAACAUAAGAACGUCCUUGUUGGUCUUGGUAUCUUUGCUGGCUUGUUUUUCUUCUUCGUUAUGGACAAAUCAAUGCGUGUAUUUGCUGGCGGAAGCGGCCAUGAUCACUCUCACUCACAUGCACACAAGAAGGAUGACGAUGCUCACGCUCACUCAAAUGAUGUACACCACCACGACCAUUCAGAAUUGAGAGCUCGCAAUGGUGGUAAAGAAACUAAGGAGACCACCGAUGCUGUUGCUGCCACUACCUCUAUAGAUUCCGGUAUCAAACUCAGCGCCUACCUCAAUCUGUUCGCUGAUUUCACUCACAACUUUACCGAUGGCUUGGCCAUGUCCGCUUCAUUCUAUGCCUCACCCAGCGUUGGAGCCACUACUGCCGUCGCUGUCUUCUUCCAUGAGAUCCCUCACGAAGUGGGAGAUUAUGCUAUUCUGAUCCAAUCUGGAUUCUCUAAACAAAAAGCUAUGAUGGCUCAGUUCACAACCGCCAUCGGUGCCUUCCUAGGAACCAUUGCUGGUAUUGCCAUUGAGGAAUUCACAAGAUCUGGAUCGGAUGUUACUGAAAAAUUGGCCUUGUCGCAUGCUGGUAUCCUUGGAACCGAUCUUGGAUGGGGUGAUCUAGUUAUUCCUUUCACUGCUGGUGGUUUCAUGUACAUUGCUACCGUUGGUGUUAUUCCUGAAUUGCUCGAAGUGACCAAAAAUGUGAAGAAAGAUUUCCGUCAAGCUCUCUCGGAAUUCGCCGCCAUGCUCGUUGGUUUAGCAAUGAUGACAGUUAUUGCCUGGAACGAAGCAUCAGCAUAGAUGUAUUUAAAAAAAUAAAAAAAACAGAGUCACCGUUUUUAUUUUAUAAUGUAAAAUGACGA